ACCACCGUCCGACUCGACCCCUUCGACCCCGCCGCCUGCCGACGAUGCCGCCCUCGCGCCGCCCAGCUCGAUGCCGACCGACGUGCGGGCAGCAGAGGGGCAGUGUGAGCACGAGUACGGCUGCGACGAGACGCUCGCGGGCGACGGAGCGGAGCGAGACGUUGAGGUCGCCGCCGGCGGCGGGCGGGGCAAGGAGGCGGACGCACCGCUCGACGUCGAGCAUGUGCACGUCGAGGACGAUCCUCGAGCAUGGACAGAGCGCAAGAAGAACAGCGUCCUCGCGACUAUCGCCUUUACGGCCAUCGGCGGCACCAUCACGGCGUCCAUCUUCUUCCCCGCGCUCGAGUCGCUGCAGCGCGACCUGAACGCGACCGACGACCUCGUCGCCGCAUCCGUCUCGAUCUUUAUCGCAGGCCAGGGCGUCUUCCCGAGCGUGUGGGCCGCCGUCUCGGAGGUCUAUGGGCGCAAGUACUGCUACAUCGCGGCAAUGGUCAUCUACAUCGUCGGCACGGUCGUCUGCUCUCAAGCGCAAACGAUGCCCGUCUUCCUCGGCAUGCGCGUCCUCCAGUCGCUCGGCUCGUCGGCCGUACUCGCUCUCGGCGCGGGCACGCUCGCCGACAUGUACGACCCGCACGAGCGAGGGACCAAGCUCGGCGUCUACUACGCGUGUCCGCUGCUCGGGCCGGCGCUCGGGCCCAUCAUCGGCGGCGCAGUGACGGCGGCAGCCGACUGGCGAGCCACCUUCUACUUUCUUCUCGCUUACGGCUGCGUCUGCUUCCUCCUCGCCCUGUGGCUCCCCGACACGUUCCGCAAGGAGCGCUCUCUCGCGUGGCGCAAGGCCCGCGACCGCGCACGCCAGCACGCCCGCGAGAAGCUCGAGGCGGCCCGAGCGGCGCUUCCUCGACCCGGCGGCGGCGACGAUAACGAGCCGGCGGCUGUCGAGGGCCGUGCAGCGCGCAGCGCCAAGGUUGAGCUGGACGUCGAGGCCGGGCGAGAAGGGCGGGAGCAGUCGAGCAGCGGGUUCUCGCCGCUCAAGAAGGUGAGGACGGCGUUGAGCGGGCGCAGCGGCGACGUCAAGGUGAAGAUCCGGUUCCGCGACGUCAAUCCUCUCGCCGCAGCCGGCGCCGUCGUCAAGCAGCCCGCCAACCUUCUCGUCCUCACCUACUCGGGCUUCCUCUUUGCCUCUCAGUACACCGUGACGCUCACGUCGUCCCGCACGUUCGCUGCGGCGCCAUGGGAGUACUCGCCGAUCGAGGUCGGCCUGGUUCUGCUGGCCUUUGGCCUUGGAAACGUUGUCGGCUCUGUCGGAGGAGGUCGGUACUCGGACUAUGUCCUCGCACGGCUGCGGGCCAAGAACGGCGGCCAAGGCGAGCCCGAGAUGCGCAUCAAGAGCACGUACCCGGCGUUCGCCUUCCUGCCCUGCCUGUUCAUCGCGUACGCCUGGCUCGUCUAUUUCGAGGUCAACAUUGCCGGCCCGGUCGUCGUCCUCUUCGUCCUCGGCGCCGCCAUCAUGGUCAUCUACGCCUCGACGCUCGCCUACAUCGUCGACGCGAACCCGGGUCGGUCGACGAGCGCCGUCGCGUGCAACUCGCUCUUUCGAGGCGUUCUCGCUUGCGCCUCGAGCCAAGCCGCCGAGCCCAUCCUCGACAAGAUUAAGAACGGCGCCUUCUACUCGGGUUGGGGCGUCCUCCUUCUUCUCGGCGAAGGUGCGCUCGUCGUCGUCGCGAUCUGGGGCGGCAAAUGGCGUGCGGCGAGUCGGGCGAGCGAGGCGCGCGACGCCGAGCGACGGAGAGACAGGGACGAGAAGAGGCUCGGACGGAUAGGGAGCGGCGAGAAGCAGUAGACUGCGAUAUCUAGACUUUUG